UUGUCAUCACUGCGUCCUUGGUUGUAUAGACAGGCAGCAGGUUAGCUCGACAGCUACAAGGGAGCUAAGGGAACCGGAGAACAGAAACCAACCCAACUCACUUUCCUUGUUCCUCAACCCCCGAAAAGACAACAAAAAAUUCAUCAUGGCUUUCUUAAUCAAGAGCAUGAUCGGAAACCCGCUUUCGGGAAUAGGCCUGGGCGGCGGAGGAGACAAGGAAGAGGAGGCCGCCCCAUCGGACCCGGCCAAGGCGGCAGGCAUGACGCGAGAGGAGUACGAGGAGUACCAGAAACAAGUGGUGGAGGAGAAGAUGGAGAGAGAUGCAGAUUUCUUGCACAAGAAGGCCGAGAGGGCGACGCUGAGGGUGUGCCUCAGGGAAAAGUACAGGUUGCCUAAGAGCGAGCAGGACGAGAACAUGAUCGAGAUGGCCGGUGACGACGUGGACGUGCCCGAGGAGCUGCUCAAGAUGGUGGACGAGGAUGCUACCGAAGAAGAGGGCAAGGACUCCCUCAUGGGCCAGAUUCAGAACUUGCAGAACAUGGACAUGGACCAGCUGAAGGAAAAGGCGUCAGCCACCGUCACCGAGCUCAAGACCAAAGCCGAGGAAAAGUGCGCCGUCAUGUGAGGAAACCAACAGCAAAAAGAAGACCGCUGUGCAAAAGCCACCAUUGGAUUUGUUGUUUUAGCGACACGAUCGCAACCAAUCAACAACUUCCACCAAGGUUGAAAUGUUAACCCCAAAAGAGUGUUUGUUUUUCUACCCAUUUAUUAACCAGCACACCACUUCCUGGUUCCCAAACAAAUCGGCGUUACCAUUCCGAUUCAAUCAUCAUCAAAAAAAAAAUAAUUCCUGCACCAUUAUUCGGAUCCUCAGCAAAAUGUGACGAAGGUUUUGUGGGAUUUGUUUAUGUUUUUAGCUUAGUCCUGCUAACUGUCCUAGUAUUUACUUGAUACGUUGUGUCCAAAAUGAUGACUAUUUAGAACAACAAAGAUGGCCCAAAGACUUUUCCACGGUGCGCUAUAUUUGUAUUUAAGGCACUGGAAAAAUAAAAUUCAAUUUUUUUGUUGAAUUUUAAGAUAACAGCUAGCUUCCGUCAUUGCAACACACCUAAAAUCUAAAUUGCCACUCAAAACUUAAGCAUAUGUCAAAUAUCGACCAUGAAAAUCUAUUUAGUAAUCAAUAUCAGGUGCCAUGUGUAUCAAUAGGCACCUUUUAGAAAUGUCCUGAUUUUCCAUAAAGACUUUUUUCCAAAAUGUAGAUUGUAUUUUUGCACCACUUCAAAUUCCUUUUAAUGGCGACCUGACUUUCAAUCUUUAUUUUUCCGUUUCCUGUGACAACCGAGAAGGUUGCCGAAGUCUCCUAAAAGCAUGUUUACAGCCUGUUGACAGAGUGUUUUGACCUCCCUUACACAAUGUUUAUGCUAGGUUGUUGAUGGGUUUUUUUUUUGUAGUUUUUGAGCUAAUUGAGACUUUUAGCGUUUCAACCUGUUGACGCAAA